AUGGCGACAGGUCGAACUCAUUGUGUCGUAUGUGGGAAAGACAAAGCAACGUCGAAGUGCUCUGGUUGUUUAAAUGAUUUUUGUUACAGUCAUCUAGGACAGCAUCGACAAGAAUUAGCGCAGGAAUUAGAUAAAAUCGAAGUUCAUCGAGAUCUUUUCCAGCAGACAUUGCUCGAUCGCAAAAAUGAUCAGCAAAAUCAUUCAUUGAUGAAAGAAAUUGACCAAUGGGAAUACGACUCAAUCGAAAAAAUCCGACAAAAAGCAAAACAAACGAAAGAAAUUUUAUUACAACGUAUUGCUGAGCAUGAUAUUGAAAUUGAUCAUAAAUUACACGUUCUAACCAAUAAGUUGCGAGAAGGUCGAGCAAACGAUGAUAUUACUGAAAUAGAUUUGACUUGUUGGAAAUCUAAAUUGGAAGAACUCAAUGAAAAUCUCAAUAAACUUCCAGCAGCGAGUAUUCGACAUACUACUAUGCCACUCGUAAACGAAAUCGAAGUUCAUAUUUCAUUUGUUCAAUCGAAACUACCUAGUUUAAGUGCAGAUGCAAAAUGGUCACAAAACGGAAUAGUUUUUGCUGGUGGUUGUGGAACUGGAAACAAAUUGAAUCAACUAUGGCAUCCGUACAGUCUACGUAUUGAUAUGGACGACGUGGUCUAUAUCAGCGAUUAUGAUAAUCAUCGUAUUGUGAAGUGGAGGAAUGGUGAUCGAGAGGGACAAAUUGUAGCCAGUAGAUUCGGAUCAGAGGAUCAAAAUGGCCAGCUGAAGCGUCCAACAGAUUUAGUAGUUAACUCAACCACAAACAGCGUGAUUGUUAUAGACUAUGGCAAUAGAAGAGUACUGCGUUUUGGACAACAGAAUAGCAGUAAAGAAGAGGUCAUUGUUUCGGAUAUAGAUAGCUGCGGGCUAAGUAUGGACAAGAAUGGAUAUAUCUAUGUUGCUGAUUAUAAGAAGCAUGAAGUAAGACGUUGGGAAAUAGGAAAUACAGAUAAAGCGCUUGUAGCAGGUGGAAACGGUAUGGGCGAUGGUCUCGACCAGUUAGAUAGUCCUACUCACAUUUUCGUUGAUCAAGACUAUGCAUUGUAUGUAUCAGAUACCGGAAAUCAUCGUGUGAUGAAAUGGAUGCAAAAUUCAAAACAGGGAAUAAUCGUUGCUGGUGGUCACGGAAAAGGAAAUGGAGUAACACAAUUAUGGAAUCCUCGUGGAAUUUUUGUUGAUGAACUAGGUACAGUUUAUGUAGCAGAUUACGGUAAUCAUCGAAUUAUGCGCUGGUUGAAAGGAGCUAUAGAAGGAACAAUCCUUGCUGGCGGAAAUGGUCCUGGAAAUCGAGCAGAUCAAUUGAAUAGCCCGACAAAUUUGUCUUUCGAUAAACAAGGUAACCUGUAUGUUACUGAUUUUCACAACCACCGCGUACAGAAAUUUGACCUCAGCUGA